AUGAGCGACAAGGAAAUCAAGGAAGGAGACCAGGUCUCAUGGCAAUGGUCUGGUAGCCGCCCCGGAGGCAAGGUCGCAGAAAUUGAGAAAGAAGGAGAGCUCUCGAUCGAAACCAAGAACGGCAAUACUGUCAAAAAGAAUGCAGAUCCCGAAGACCCUGCUGUCAAGAUCUCUCGCUCAGGAAACGAUGUGGUAAAGAGGGCCCAUGAGCUUGACGUUGAAAAGGAGGGCGACAAGCACAAGGAGGACCAGGGCGAGGAGAAGACGGUGACUAAGGAGGACGAGAAGAAGGAUGACGAGGCCAAGAAGGAUGGCGAGGCGGACGGAGAAAAAGAGGAUAAGAAGGACAAGGAGGAGGAGAAGGAGAAGAAGGAAGAGGAGAAGGAGAAGAAGGACGAGGAGAAGGAGAAGAAAGAAGAGGAGAAGGAGGAGAAGAAGGCAUCGGAUGAGAAGAAGGAAGAUGAUGAAGCAAAGACUGGCGACAAGCGCGAGGCCGAGGAUGAUGACGAACACGAGGACGAGGAGCCGUCAAAGAAGCAGCAGAAGACGGAUGAGGCAGGCGAGGAGAAUGGCGAGAAGAAGAAGCGUGGUCGCCCGGCCAAGAAUGGAAACGAGGCCUCAUCCAAGCCCAAGAAGGAGCCAAAGAAGGCGGCGACCGAGUCAGGAGAGCCCAGACGCUCAAGCAGACUCAAUUCUUCUUAA